AUGAGAGUUGAACGUGCUCUUCCUUGGGUGUCCCUUACCGCAUCCACCUCGGCGGUGGUUUUUGAUCCGAAGAUCGACCUAAGUUUACUUGGCCCUAUCUACCUUCCCUCCGCCAACCGUUCUUUUGAAGCAUGGGACAAUGCCGUAAUACAAGCUACAGCUACCCUAAACGUGAUUAUUCAGACAGGAAACAGCACCUAUGGUCCAUUCGACAACUUAGGCACCUCUUUUUCCGCGUCUGUCUUCGAUUUAGGAAAUAACGAACCUUUAUUCGACUUUCAUUUCGAAGCACCUCAGCUCAAUGGCUCUUGUACGAGAGGAAAGCUGACAGAUGACACAAUCUACCGAACCGGUAGCUUGGGAAAACUCCUGGUGAUGUAUGCCUGGAUGAUAGAUAUUGGAGAUUCCAUAUUCACAGAGCCAAUCACGAAAUAUGUGCCGGAACUUGCCGCCGCCGCUCAGAGUUAUCAAAACCCUCUCCUGCAAACCAACUGGAGUGAAGUAACUGUCGGUUCUCUUGCCUCCCAAAUAUCAGGCAUUGGGCGUGGAGAAGUAUCACUUGGCGAUCUAGCAUCAGAAGGCUUCCAGCAGCCACCUGUUUCAACCAACAUCCCAAAUGGGUUCCCUCCGCUAGGCAAUGAAACUGUGAUAAACUGUAGCUCCUAUGGCCCGGAGCCCCCUUGCACUAGAGCACAAUUCUUCACCCAGGUUAUCAAUCACCCCCCAGUCUUUCUGUCCUACACGAGUCCCAGCUAUUCCAACAUAGCCUAUUCUAUUCUUGGGUAUGCAUAUGAAAACAUUACUGGUAAGACGAUUAACCAGGGCCAACUUGACUUUGCACAAAAGCUAGGUAUGAACUCGACCACACCAACACCACCUGGCAACAACGUGGAUGCUAUCAUCCCUAGAAACGACAGCUAUGCGAUGUGGAGUUAUGACUUGAACGUCCAGGAUCCAGCCGGCGGUCAAUACAUCUCGACCAGGGAUCUCAUUACUUGGGGUCAAGCGAUUCUAAACAAUAAAUUGAUAUCACCGGUCGUCACUCGGCGCUGGAUGAAACCGACAACAUUUACAUCGCAGUGGGCAGCUGCAGUCGGGGCUCCUUGGGAGAUCUAUCGACUUCCUACCCUUAUCAACACAAUCCUGAAUACAAGUCGUAUCGUGGAUACAUAUAGCAAAAGCGGAGACGUCGGCCAAUAUUCCACUUACUUCGGUCUUGUCCCUGACUACAAUAUCGGCAUCACCGUCCUUGCGGCAGGCGAUAAUCCAAAUUCCCAAGUAGCUCCUGUACGAGGGACACUAGUUGAUAUUUUCUAUACCGCGGCAGAAGCGGCUGCCAAACAGCAGGCCUCAAACGCAUUCACAGGCACAUUCAAAUCCACCGACCGCAACUCUUCAAUCACUCUUGCAGUAGACGGCGGUCCCGGUGUCGUCAUCAAGCAAUGGAUCAGCAACAGUACUAAUUUCCUAAACAAUGAAUUCUAUGCCGAAUUCAACGAUUUCCGCCUCUAUCCAACAGACCUGAAAAUGUGGAGUUCCGAAGGCUUGACCUAUUACAAAUUCCAUAUGGAUUGCUUGACCCGAAAUGGGGCACCUAUUAGUAGCGAUCCUUGGAGUGAGUAUAAUGACUACUGGUUCCAAUUAGAUGGCCUUUCUUAUAACCUUCUGGCUCCGGACGCAUUUGUUGUGGGGUUUGAUGAGAAUGGAAUCGUGCAGAGUCUGGCUUCGCAGGCCUUGAGAACGACUAUGGUACGUUCAACUUGACAGCAGACAUAGUUGCGGCGUCG